AUGGAUUCCGGUGAUUCAUCAUAUGUCCUUUCAAACGAAAUGAAAAAUCAUAGCAAAAACUCGCUGUGCCAGCUCUGUCGCAAAGAAGGGAGCAAUAACUUGAAGGUACUCAACUGUUUACACCAGUUUUGUGAAGCGUGUCUUAAGAAGUUUCUGGUUGAAAACUCCGUGAUCUGUGCUCACUGCGGCAAGGGAAUGCAGCUUGGUGAUAAAGGAAUAGAUGCGUUACCAUCUCACGUCUUCUACGACCAAGUUAAAGACAUCAAAAACUGUGAUGAAUGGAUACAACAGCGUCGGCGCGCGUUCUGUUGGGAAAUGUAAACAAGGAGAUUCUGAAUGAAAUAACGACAAACUAUGUAAAUUUUUAUCGGUUUCGCAGGAAGCUGAGAGAGAACGAGAAAUGACAGGAAUGUUGGGCAGAAGCCAAAGGAAAUGUGACACAAAAUUUGUAUUUUCAAAUAAGAAGUGA